UCACAUAGUGAAAAAAAUUGAAACCAUGUUGGUAAUUCUGUGGAAAUGCCUGUCACUGGCACGUAUAGACACACCCCUCUAGCAGUCAUACAGUCAUACAUUACUUAACAGUAUUUGUGGCUUGUAUCCAGCAUUCUGCACUGAAAGAAAAAAAGUCACAUAUACACCGUAUUCCCUAUAGUGGUGGCAAUAGACCUGUAAUGUCCAUCUUCAGAAGGAAUGCCAGAAUUUUUCUGAAAGCAUAUUUCAGUUUGAGUUACAAUGCCAGCUCUUUUCUUCGUCCGAGAACAAUUAAAAACAAAUAUGUGUGAUGUAAAUAAACUGGAUCUGAAAAUAUUUUGUUAUUGUAACCAGUAUCAUAUACACAAGUAGUAUGUCAGCUUUAAUUAUGGAGUCUCUACAAAGAUCUCCAUAUUAAGUGGCAUUAACAUGCACUCAAUAUAAAAAUAUUACUUAAGUAGUUAGACUGCAAACAUAUAAGCAAAAAGGAGACUACAGUUUGGACUAAGGAAGCACAUACUUAUGUGUUUGAGUAUGAGACUCAGUUUUUGCCCAGAUCCCAUCUUUAGUCACAACUGUUAAAAAUAAAAAAACAGAACCAACCAAACAAAAGAAGACAAAAAACCAAAACAAACCCCAAACAAAUAAAGGCUUUAAACCCUCCAAGAAAUUAGUUGUGCUGGAUCUGAUAUGUGCAAUCUGUCUCCAGCACGGCUGAUAUUCAGCAAAGUCUUUGUGGUUAAUGUGGGACUGAGAAGAGCUGCUGCUGCCAGCACUUGGCAUGUAGCCAUAGAGCUUAGUAUAUUGUCCUUGGUGUGUGUGAAAUGUGGUUUAUAACCCAUGGGACAGAGGAGACGAUUGUAUCGCUGAGUUCUUCAAUAGUUGGAGUGCUGUAAAUAACCCUCUGGGUAAAGUCAUGCCCAGGGUUUCACCAGCUUCCCAGAAGAAUUACUACUUCUUGGCACUCAGAAAGGAUCUUUUCAAGGGGUGUUUUUUCCCUCAUGGGGUACAUGGGCAGGGUUUAAGCUCUAUUCCUAGGCAGAGUGUCUUAUAUUGACUAAGAGUCGCUGCUACUUGGCCAACGGAGGUGCUUAGCUGCUGCUGGGUAACGGGGAGCUGAUCUGCUGGGGCUGUGGUCUAACAGCAGGGCAUCUGAAAGAUCAGUGCAGUGUCACCUAACUCCAGUGUGGCUCUCCAGGUUUUUCAUGUGUGUCAAAGAAUGCAUCUUUCUGAAAUUUCAGAUGUUUAUAACUGGCUAUGCUGUGAUGGCUGGUGCAGCAGAAAGACUUGUGCUUGGAUAUGACAGCUUCGGGAACAUAUGUGGUAGGAAGAACACUCCUGUAAAAGGGGCACCCCUCUCUGGACAAGACAUGACUAAUAAAAAGUAUGUGUUCUUUCUGAAUUCAUGCAGCCUGGAAACGCCAAACCUCAAAAUCAGUUCAGUUUCCUUGUGCGUGUCUAGUUGUCCACAAGAGCAACUCAACUCUUUGGAAGACCUCCAGAAUUUUGCAAGGAACAAUGGUUCUUGUCUUUGCAUUUACAACCUGAACAUUUCCAGUUACACACUAAAUCCAAAGGCAGCUGAACUGUGUCCCGCACUGCCAGUUCCACCAAGCAAAUCUUUUCCGUUAUUUAAUCGAUGUGUUCCACAAAAUCCUGAAUGCUAUUCCAAAUAUGCAUCUGUCUUAAUACGUAUGGUUAAUGAAAUGGAUGUUUUUCAUCGAAUUCUAAGUGGAAUAUUGGCAGGAAGAGAUACUGUGAUAGGACUGAGUGUCCUUGCACUAGCCUUCUCUUUUAUACUGGUUUUAGCCUUCAGAUUCAUUCGGACACUUCUGGUCCAUACUUUGAUUGCACUGGUUGUAUUUGGGUUGUUAUUUGUCUCAGGUGUUCUCUGGUGGCUCUAUUAUGACUACAAGAAUGAUCCCAGCACUGAAUUGGAAACAGAAAAGGAAAAUGUAAAAUUUCUACUUGGAUAUGCUAUCUUCUCAACAAUAGUUACUGUUAUUCUGAUUUCCCUUAUAGUUGUACUAAGAAAGAGGCUUCAGUUCACCAUACAGCUCUUUCGAAUUGUUGGUAAAAUCAUUGGCAGAAUUCCUUUCCUCUUGUUCCAGCCACUCUGGACCUUUCUGAUUCUCAUUGUGUUCUGGGUAUUUUGGGUUGCUGUGCUACUUAGCUUAGGAACUGCAGGUACUGCACAGACAACUCCAGGAGGACAGGUAGAAUACAGAGCUCUGUCUGGAAUUUCCUACAUGGCAUGGUACCAUUUCGUUGGCCUGAUCUGGACUAGUGAGUUCAUUCUUGCCUGUCAGCAAAUGACGAUUGCUGGGGCGGUGGUUACUUGUUACUUCAACAGAAAUAAAAAUAUCCCACCACCUCACCCGGUCCUGUCUUCCAUAUCAGUUCUUUUUUGCCAUCAUCUAGGAACUGCUGUAAAAGGCUCACUUUUAAUCACGAUACUGAGAAUACCAAGGAUUGUUCUCUUGUACCUUUAUAAUAUCCUAGAACAAAAGGAGAGUGCAUGUGCAAAGUGCCUGUUCAAGUGCUGUUUCUGCUGGUUUUGGAGCCAGGAAAGUUGCUUAAGAUACUUUAACCAGCAUGCAUACACAACUACAGCCAUAAAUGGGACAAGUUUUUGUAUGUCAGCAAAGGAUGCUGUCUCUAUUUUCGCGAAGAGUUCUGCUAAACUUGCAUCCAUUAGCUGUUUUGGAGAUUUUAUGCUAUUUUUAGGAAAGGUGUUUGUUGUGUGUUUUACUGUUUUUGGAGGAUUGAUGGCAUUCAACUACCAUCGCGAGUUGCAAGCUUGGGUAGUUCCUCUGUUGCUGAUUGGAUUUUUUGCCUACCUGAUGUCCCACAGCUUUCUCUCUGUGUUUGAAGUGACAGCAGAUGCCAUGUUCCUUUGCUUUGCUAUUGAUAUGGAAACAAAUGAUGGAUCUGAAGAGAAGCCAUACUUUGUGGAUCAGGAACUGCUGACUUUUGUGAGUCAGAGUAACAAGUUAACAGAAGGGCAAAGACACAGAAGCACAAGACCUUUCCAGGACAAUGAAGAUGGGACAGAGCUCCAACCUAUGACUUGAAUGUGAAGUGCACCGGGAAGGAUGAAGUCAGAUCAGCAAUAGCAAAAACAGUCACAGAAAAAAAAGUGAAGGCUACCAGUACCCCAGGACAAAGUAUUCGUUCUCUAAGGCUCUGAUGUACCUUCUGCUCUGGUAAAAUGACACACAAUGUUUGUAUGAAUAAUGUAUUUUGUGUGUCAGCACAUCUGAUUUUUAUUAAUAUACUUGUUAUCAUGGGCUGAAAGUUGUUAAUAAACAAACUCCUUGUGAAUUUC